AUGGUGGAAAUCGGUGCACCACAGCAAUCCGCAGAAGAUAGUUUAGAAAAUGCAGAAUGGUACUGGGGUGAUAUUACUCGUGAUGAUGCUAAUGAAAAACUUAGAGAUAGUUGUGAUGGUACCUUCCUAGUCCGUAAUGCCUCCAACAAAGAUGGUGGUUACACUCUAACAGUGAGAAAAGGUGGUACAAAUAAAUUGAUCAAGAUAUACAAUCAAGAUGGCCGUUAUGGAUUCUGUGAACCGUAUGAAUUUAAUUCUGUUGUUGACCUUGUACGAUUCUACAGAGAAUACUCAUUGGCACACUGCAACAGUAGCCUUGACAUUAAGCUUAUGUACCCUCUUUCAAGGCACCAAGAAAAUGAAGGUGGUGAAAAUAUAAACGAUGAUACUCUAGAACUAAGUUACAAGGAUAUUCACAAGAAAUUUGUCCUUCGAACUAGAGAUUACAACGAGCGAUCUGAAAAAUAUUUACGCCUCAGGGAAGAAGUGAAAUUUAAAAGGCAGACUUUAGAUGCUUUUAAGGAAACAGUAAAAGUAUGUGAAGAGCAUUUAAAAUUACAAGAAAAAAUGCAAGCUGAGGCCCAACCACAUGAAAAAAAUGAUCUAAUUGAAAAUAAUAGACAGCUGAUUUCAAGGGUAAAUAGUUUAAAACAAGCAAGAUGUCAACACCACAAUAUCCUGAGGGAAACUGUUGAAUCUAAUUUGCUUCUUGAAAGAGAAAUUACUAAAUUAAAAUCAGAAGUCAUAAAUCUUUAUAAAAUUAAAGAUAGAUACAAAGUAUGGCUUCAAAAGAGGGGUAAGACAGAAGAAUAUUUACAGGCAUUAGAGGAUGAUAACAUUCAUAAACUUGAAGAGUUGUAUGCACACCGUGAAAGUAUUACAUGGAUGGUUGAAAACUGUACUCGAGACAUGGCUACAAGGCUUUUAGAAGGGAAACCCCAAGGGACAUUUUUAAUACGGCCUAAUUCAACUGGUCAAUUAGCUUUAUCUAUAAGUUGUAAUGGAAUGGUAUAUCAUUGUAUAAUUUUCAAGACUGAACGUGGAUAUGGCUUUGCAGAACCAUACAAUAUCUACAAAACUCUUAAUGAGCUAGUACUGCAUUAUGCUGUAAAUUCAUUGGAAGAGCACAAUGACCAAUUGAGAACAGAAUUGAAGUUCCCCAUUAAUGCUCAUUUAGUGAAGAAACCUGACAAAAAAGUCCAUGACACGCAAGACUCACAUUAUCAUGAUAGUCAUCAGGAUAAUCACUUAAGGAGUCACCAACAUCGACAAUGGGAACAAAGACAAGCUCUUCCGUGA